CGGGAUGCUAGGGUUUUUGUCGGCACGACAAGCGGGUUUGGACGACCCUCUUCGCCUUCAGAGAGCGGAGUCCACACGGAGGGUUUUGGGACUGGAGUUAAACAAAGACAGAGAUGUUGAAAGGAUCCAUGGCAGUGGAGUUAACACCCUUGACAUUGACCCUGUUGAAGGGAGAUACAUGUUAACAGGUGGUUCAGAUGGUGUGAUUGUGCUUUAUGAUCUUGAGAACUCCAGCAGACAACCUUAUUACACAUGUAAAGCAGUGUGUUCCGUUGGCAGAAGCCAUCCUGAUGUUCACAAAUACAGUGUGGAGACUGUACAGUGGUAUCCUCAUGACACUGGCAUGUUCACAUCAAGCUCAUUUGAUAAAACUCUGAAAGUAUGGGAUACAAAUACUUUACAAACUGCAGAUGUAUUUAAUUUUGAAGAAACAGUUUAUAGUCAUCAUAUGUCUCCAGUUGCCACCAAGCACUGUUUGGUAGCAGUUGGUACUAGAGGGCCCAAAGUACAACUUUGUGACUUAAAGUCUGGAUCCUGUUCCCACAUUCUGCAGGGUCACAGUCAAGAAAUAUUGGCAGUUUCCUGGUCACUGCGUUAUGAGUAUAUCUUGGCAACUGCAAGUGCUGACAGUAAAGCAAAAUUAUGGGAUGUGAGGAGAGCAUCAGGAUGUUUGAUUACUCUUGAUCAGCAUAAUGGGAAAAAGUCACAAGCAGUUGAAUCAGCAAACACUGCUCAUAAUGGGAAAGUUAAUGGCUUAUGUUUUACAAGUGAUGGGCUUCACCUCCUCACUGUUGGUACAGAUAAUCGAAUGAGGCUCUGGAAUAGUUCCAAUGGAGAAAACACACUAGUGAACUAGGAAAAGUAUGUAAUGACAGUAGAAAAGGAUUGAAAUUCACUGUCUCCUGUGGCUGCAGUUCAGAAUUUGUUUUUGUACCAUAUGGU